AGUGUGAUCAGCUCUGUGAAGCACUUUUCCACAUUUUAUGUCCGUUUUACAACUUAAUCACUUGUUCGGUCUGCCUGAUCUGCCUGACAGACUAGAGCUGACCAGAGUCAGCUGAGCACUCAGUAUCAGGGACCAUGGGGAGAGGAGCAAAACAUACAUUACUUCUGUUGUGUUUAAUCAUUUCAGAAGUCCUCUGUAAGCCUACACCAUCAGUGAUAGAGCUGGAUGUGGAUGAUGGAAAAGAUAUUUUCGAAAUCAAUGAAGAUGCAGGCUUAGAUCUCUUGGAGGGAGACAUUUGGAUGGAGGAGACCGAGGAGAGGAAUUCCAUAAUAGGAGACAUAUAUAGAUGGCCAAGGACUGUUCCCUACGUCUUUGAAGAUGACCUGGAGGUCAAUGCCAAAGGUGUGAUCCUGAAAGCUUUUGAACAGUACAGGCUGAAGACGUGCAUUGACUUCCGACAGUGGUCAGGAGAGGACAACUACAUCUCGGUUUUUAAAGGGGGCGGAUGCUUCUCCUCGGUGGGGAACCGUCAUGUAGGGAAGCAGAGACUGUCCAUUGGGAGCGGCUGCGACCGCAUCGCCACCAUCGAGCACGAGUUCCUCCACGCUCUGGGCUUCUGGCACGAGCAGUCCCGCCCUGACCGCGACGACUAUGUUACCAUCAGGUGGGAUCGCAUCACAGAGGGACGGGAGAACAAUUUCAACGUGUACAAUGACACCACCUCCAGUGCUCUUAAUGUGCCCUACGAUUACGGCUCCAUGAUGCACUACAGCAAGAACGCCUUCAGGAACGGCACGGAACCAACCAUCGUCACCAAGAUCCCUGCCUUCAGCGACGUCAUAGGCCAGCGCAUGGAGUUCAGCGACAACGACCUUCUCAAGCUGAGGACACUGUAUAAUUGCUCUCGCGCCUCCACGUUCCUUGACACCUGUGACUUUGAGCGUGAGAAUAUCUGCGGCAUGAUCCAGGGUCCAGGUGACCAGGCCGACUGGACCCGCGUCGCCACAGCCCCUGGUGGACCGGCCACUGACUACACCAACAUGGGCCAGUGUGCAGGCAAAGGAUACUUCAUGCACUUCAGCACUGCAUCGGGAAAGCAGGGUGACAAGGCCUUUCUGGAGAGUCGACUGCUCUACCCAAAGAGAGACUUCCAGUGUCUGCAGUUCUUCCUCUACAAUAGUGGACAUGCCAGUGACGAGCUGAGCAUCUGGGUGCGGGAGUACGACGUGUCAAACCCCAACGGAAUUCUGCGUCUGAUUGAGAAAGUCGCAGGGCCUCCUGAGGCGAUAUGGCAGGUACAUCAUGUGAAACUGGACGUCACUAAAAAGUUCCGAGUGGUCUUCGCCGGCACCAAAGGCAGUGGCACGUCCGCUGGAGGCCUCUCCCUGGACGACAUCAACCUCUCGGAGACCAAGUGCCCCGAUCAUGUGUGGCGCAUCAAGGACUUCGACAAGGUCAUGACGGACACCCCGCACGGCUCUGCCAUCUACAGCCCCCGCUUCACCUCCAAAGAGGGCUACACCUUCCAGAUGGGUCUUUACCCCAGUGGCAAGGAGGGCUAUCCGGGGGAGCUGGGGGGCUACGCCCACCUGACGUCUGGAGACGGCGCCGCAGACGCCAACCUCAAGUGGCCCUGCCCCUGGAAACAGAUGACCAUGAUGCUGAUGGACCAGCACGCCGACAUCCGACAACGCAUGUCCAACCAGAGGAGUGUCACUGCUGAUCCCAACGCCACUCUCGCAGACUCAGGUAUGUUUGUGUGGGACGACCCUCGCAAGGUGGGGACCCCGGUGUCAGAUGCGGACGGGACCAAGUACUACCGAGGACCAGGAUCGGGGACCCCUGUGUACCUGACGCAGGCCAGGGCACGCAGCCGAGACUUCAUCAAGGGAGGGGACGCCAUCUUCCUCCUCACCAUGGAGGAUGUAGCUCACCUGGUACCUUUAGAGCCAUAUGUCGACCCUUGUGAACGGCUGACGUGUGAGAAUCAAGGAGUCUGCGUGCUGGAGGAGGCUAGGACACCUGUUUGCAGGUGUGCCUCCGGUGGUGACUGGUGGUACUACGGAGACAGGUGUGAGCGCAGGGGCUCGAGCCAGGACGAGAUGCUGACGGCCGUGUACGCCGGAGUGGGCGUCCUGGCCGGCAUGCUGAUCGUGACGGUCGUGAGCGUGGUGUGUGUCAAGAAGAGCUACAAGAAGAAGCUGGGGGCGCAGAGGGAUAGUAAUAAUGUGGGUAUGGACAUGUCUGACAGCAAGGUUGAGCGAUUUUAAAGCUCCCAGACCACCACUGAGAUCUGUGCUCUGUGGAGCACUGUCGGGGUAAUUCAGUGUUACUUAUGACGUUCACCAACGGGCAUCUCUUAAUACAGACAUUCAGCGUUUUCAGCUGCUUCGAUAUUUUCUGUGGCCUGUCUUGAGAGUACACACGCUUUUGAAACAAUUAGUUUUUUUUUUUUGUGUGUGUGUGUAAAAUCCAUUCAUAUACUUUUUGGGAAAUGUAUUUGACUCAAUUGUCCAGGAAUCACAUUGUGCAUUACUAGGCUAUAUCCAUCAUCCAUAAUAAAAGAACAAUUGUAAAUAUAUAACUUAUCAACGUUUUUAAAAUAUGAUCAUAAUUAAAAGUAUGACAUGAAA